GGCUGUUGGCGAGCCGAGAGACCAGAUCCGCAGCUGCCAUGUUCCCAUCGUGUUACUCCAAACCCGCGGACAGCGGCGCUACGAGGAGCUCCGUCGCCAAGCUGCUGCUCGGUGUGUUUGUGGUUUAUAUGCUCCACACCGCCUGGCUCCUGUACGGCUUCCUCGACACCAAACCCUGCGAUGGAGGCAGAGGGGCGCACUGCAUCGCCUCCUACCUGGCAGCAAGACCCAGACUACAGCUGAGUGUCUUCACCUGCCUUGUGCCAGACAACAGCCAACUCAACCUCGCUGUAAAAAUAGACCCAUUUGACCCACACUCUACAUUUGAAAGGCAGGUGAAUGUCUCUCUGCCAGAGGAGACUCGGGCUAAUGGCACUCUCUAUGCAGUCGUCUAUGUUCACAAAGCCGGAGUGUCACCUCUGGAGGACAGCAGAGAGGUCCACUACCCAGCUCAGCUCACCGCCUACCUCACCCCCGCGCACACAGAGAGGCAUAGAGACACGCAGAGGAGGUCCAGCCCCAGAUCAGAGAAUCCUGUAUCCCAUUGGAGACCUCGCCUGUCAGUUACUAUGAUGUCAGAGGACUUCGCCUUCAACAAGGCGGGGCUUCCCAGCGAUGUGCGGCGCUACAUGAGAGUGUCUCAGGAAGGCCGGCAGAUGAUCUACCUUCCUCUGCUGCUGGUUAACGAACUCAGCUUCAGGGUCCGAGACCUCAUGGAGAUCAGCAGCGGCACUGUUCAGCUCCCUCUGACUGUGUCCUAUGAGGGAAUCUCUUUAAGGAGAUUCAGGUUUUGGGUCCAUCUACAGGAUGUGGUUUAUUCCCUACGACAGUUUGGCUUCACGGAGGAAAACAUUGAUGAAAUUAAAGAAACUCUGGUGGGAUCCAACCUCUCCCUGUUAGUGCUCACUGCGCUCAUCACGGCUCUGCAGCUCAUCUGUGAAUUUUUGGCUCUUAAAAAUGACAUCAGCUCGUGGAGGAAAAAGAAGAGCAUGGCGGGAAUGUCCAGGAAGUCAGUUCUGUGGCGUAGUCUCAGCACCUUGCUGAUUUUCCUCCAUCUGCUGGAGGAGACCAGUCUGCUGGUGCUGCUCCCCGUCGGACUGGGGGCAUGUGUGGAGGUGUGGAAGGUGUUUAAAGUGUUUAAGAUCCAGUUGCAGUGGAAAAGCUCCAAGCUCCGUGCAAAUAAGUUGGAUGAAGAAGAGAGGAAGACAAUGGAGUAUGAUGCGCAGGCGUCCAGAUACUUGUCCUACUUGGUCUAUCCUUUGUGUAUCAGUGGAGCUAUUUUCUCACUGGCCUACUUUCGCCACAAGAGUUACUAUUCCUGGGUGAUGAACAGCCUGGUGACUGGAGUGUAUGCCUUUGGCUUCCUGUCUACGGCCCCACAGCUCUUCAUCAACCACAAGUUGAAGUCUGUGAGCCACCUGCAGGGGACAGUGUUCAUGUACAGAGGAGUGAACACACUGAUCUCAGAUCUGUGCUUCUGUGCCUCCUUUCUCUCCUCUUCGGGAACCUUCUCCUCCUCUCAUCAACUUUCCUGCUUCAGAGAUGAGCUCCUAUUCCUCCUCUACCUCUACCAGCGAAGGCGUUACGCCCCCAAGGCCAGAAGACAGGACUCUGGGACCCACAGCAGGAAAAUAAAGACUCAGUGAGGAGAAGACAAAUUAAUUCUUUUUAGAAAUGAACAUGUGCAAAAAUGUAAAAACUCAUCUUUGACAAACAGAGGGGAACUAACAAGCCCUGAAGAUGUGGAACGGAGACUCAGGCCGUUAAAUCGGCCAUGUCUGACCCAAGGCAGCCUGUUCUGCAUCAGACUCUUCACUGCUGUUCAC